UCGACAAAAUUUCAAGCCCUUAAACGACAAUAUAAAUGUGUUUUGGAUCAUAAUAAAAAAAGCUUAAAUAAUAGAAAAGAAUGGGAAUACUUCAAGAUCAUGCAAGAAUUAUUUGAAAAAAAACCGUGGGUUCAGCCUUUGGCAGUUGCAGGAUCACAUGUAGGAACGGAAGAAAAGGAAAAUAUAUUGGAAAAUAAACCAGAAAAAAGUAAUAAAAAGAGGAAAGUAAAAGAUCUUGUAGAAGAUUACAUAUCACAAAGUAAAGAAGAACGAAAAUAUCAAAGAGAAAUUAGGGCUAAGCAACAUG